UAUGAUAGGCAGCUAGUCGACACGACACCAACAACCCCAGAGUGUCAAUCUGAUUAUCUCCUCUGACUCGGUUUAUUUUCCUUACCCGCUAAGCAAAUCUCAUCAUUAUUAUUACUAUAAUUCCAGCUCUCUUCCUCUGUCUCUACUCCCUCACACCAACAAUGGAGCAGCCUCUGCUUUCAGAGCAAGCAAGUGAAUCGGGGGAGAAGUCUAGUGAGAACUGGAGCUCCUAUCAGUACGUGGGUAGAGCCGGCUCCGUGAUUCCCACCGCUGCCUCGGCCGGAACUGAAGUCAGCGUUGAAGAGAUACGAUCUGCCGCGGCUUAUUCCGAGCACUACCCACCUUCCCUCCAUAGCGCUCUGCUUAGCUCGCCGGAGCCUGAUCCCGAUGAACAAGCUGUCGUCUACCAAGGUGGAUACGGAGGAGGUCCUGGCAGCACCACAAGUGAGUUUCACAGGCAAACUUUGGAUGAAAUUGAGAUACGAGAGUUGCUUAUUGAUCAUGUUGGCCAUAGAUGCUGUUGGGGAAGUCGUCCGGCUCGGACCUGGAAAAUUCUGAAAGUGGAAGAUUGCAAUGUUUAUGUGGGUACACUAGAUACCUUCAUUGAGGAAAGGGAAACUGUAAGAGAAACAGAGCCAUACCUUGGUGGCAGUAUCGAUGGAAGGGACAAGGGACCAGAACUGGGAAUCUGGGAAUUGGAUUUGAAGUCUCAAUUUCCAGUUUUAUUUAUACCUCAUAAAGAAUCACGGGAGAUAAUUCCUCAUUCAGAGUCCAUUGCGAAAUGCUCAGGUUGUGAUGGGCGAGGGGAUACUGUAUGUCCCACAUGCAAUGCGAAUCAAGAACCUGGAUCGUACAAAGAGAACCAGAUGGCGCAGUGCUCUGCAUGUCAUGGGAGGGGCUUGAUUGCUCAUAAAGAUGGAUCUGACUCAAUAUGUGUGACUUGCAAUGGUAAGGGACAGAUUCCUUGUGCAACAUGUGGAUCACGUGGUUUAGUUAAAUGUUUGACUUGCAAAGGGAGUGGUUCUCUUCGGUCCCGCAAUGUUGCCCUUGUUAGAUGGAAGACUCUCUCAACUAGAAAGGUAAGUGCAACAAGCGGAGCAGCAUCUGUUCCUGAUGAUGUUUUCCACAGAGCCAAAGGUGUCCAGUUGUGCAACACCCAGGCAUAUCAGUGCACUCCAGCCUUCUUUGCCGACUCUUACUUCCUCAACAAGUUCUCAUCAGAAGUGAUUGCCGACAGAGCUCAUGUCCCUCUCUCCGCGAGGGUCAUAAGUGAAAGGCACACCAUAUCCGUGGUUCCAGUGACACGUGUCACAAUGGCUCAUCGCAGCCGGCUAUUCAGUUUCUACAUCAUCGGCUAUAGCCGGGAGGUGUAUCUAAAGGACUACUACCCCGCUCGGUUUUGCUGGGGCUUCUGCCCGUGCUUGGAGUGGUUGAAGUUGUAAACAUUGCAGAGAUACUUCUCCAAGAUUGGAAAGCUAUACUGUAUCAUCAAUUCAUCUUCAUCCUAUCAUGUGUGAGUGAUUGUUUACUCGUUUUGGUGAGAAUAAAAUAAUGUUGCUACAUGAAUAGCAGUGGGGAAUGGGAAUAAUAUACUUAAGUUUUAGAUUUGUCUACACUGUAAAGUCUAUUGUAGUGAGUAGAGUCUGUUUGUUACCGUU